AUGUUUGACACGAUCAAGUACUUGUUGGCAGCGGAAGGAAAGAAGCUGAACUUCUUUGCAGCCUGGGCUCUUGCGCAGGUAGAGCUUUUGUGCUUUGUCACUUUUCUCAAAGUCACGCUAGCCUUUGUGUUUCCUUUCUGUGCAGGUAUGCUAACUGUGAGCUCUGGUAUUCUUUCCUAUCCGUGGGACACCGUUCGACGGCGUAUGAUGAUGCAGUCUGGUCGAUCAGAUAUUCUCUACAAGAAUACUCUUGAUUGUGCCAUGAAAAUUAUAAGGAACGAAGGAAUGAGGCCGAUGGGGUUCAAGUGUUGUGUUUUACUCGUCGAAAUACGCCGGGUUGCCCUGCUCGAAUAUUUUCCUCGAUGGCCACUGGCAGAGCUCUUGUGCUUGCCAUCUAUGAUGAGAUUCAGAAAUUCCUUUGAGUGGACUAGCGCUAAUUAG